CCGCCUCCACCUCCGCCUCCACCUCCGCCGCGUUUGGGGAGGGGGCCCCAGUCCAGACAGAAGGUUGCCUGCCGGGCCCGGCUCCGCCGGCGACGUGACGUAACGUGACGUAACGUGACGUCGCACCACGGAGAGGGCGGGGAGAGCGCCCGUGGCCGUGCUCGCGCUUACGCUCGUGCCCGUCACUCGCCCCCCGCGCUGCGACCGCUCCCGCUGCUCUCAGUCACCGCCGCCGCCGCCGCCACCACCACCACCAGCCGCACCACCGCCGUCAUCGUCGUCUGCCUUCCCGCUCGCCUGGUACUCGGGCCCAGCUCCGUCCGCUCGCCUGCCCUUUUGGGGCCCAGGCCGCACCACCCAUGUCCGCGCCUCCCGCGAGGCUGCCGGCCUCCGGCGGCCAGUUCUGCCCCCCACGGGGGGCGCGGGCCCAGGAGCGGGCUGAGGCGCGGGCCCAGGCGCGGGCCAAGAUGGUCCCGCCGGUGUAUUGCUUAUGCCGGUUGCCCUACGACGUGACCCGCUUCAUGAUCGAAUGCGACCUGUGCCAAGACUGGUUCCACGGCAGUUGUGUUGGCGUAGAAGAGGAGAAGGCAGUCGACAUUGACCUCUACCACUGCCCCAAUUGUGAGGUCCUCCACGGACCUUCUGUUAUGAAAAGACGCCGAGGGGCCCCGAAGGUACAGGAACUGGUGGCAAACAAAGACACAGGAAAGACAGUGCAGACCGGGAGUCCCAUGUUCAUUCGGGAGCUUCGGGGAAGGCCCUUCCGCAGUGCCGAUGAGGUGAUCUUGAAGCCCACAGGGGCCCAGCUGACAGUGGAGUACCUAGAAGAGAACAGCUUUAGUGUGCCCAUUUUGGUGCUGAAGAAGGAUGGCCUGGGCAUGACUUUGCCUUCCCCAGCAUUCACUGUGAGAGAAGUGGAGUAUUAUGUUGGUGCUGACAAAGAGAUCGAUGUUAUUGAUGUGAUCCGUCAGGCUGAUUGCAAGAUGAAACUUGGGGACUUUGUGCAUUAUUACUGUAGUGGGAAAAGGGAGAAAGUCCUCAAUGUCAUCAGCCUCGAGUUUUCUGAUACCAGACUUUCAAAUCUCGUGGAGACCCCUAAGAUUGUUCGGAAGCUCUCCUGGGUAGAGAACCUGUGGCCCGAGGAGUCUGUGUUUGAACGGCCCAGCGUACAAAAGUAUUGUCUCAUGGGCGUGCGGGACAGUUAUACUGAUUUCCAUAUCGACUUUGGCGGUACCUCUGUCUGGUAUCACGUGCUCAGGGGGGAGAAGGUUUUCUACUUAAUCCGCCCCACCCCAGCAAACCUGUCCUUAUUCGAGUGCUGGAGCAGCUCUUCCAACCAGCGAGAGAUGUUCUUUGGGGACCAGGUGGACAUGUGCUACAAGUGCUGUGUGAAGCAGGGCCAGACGCUCUUCAUCCCCACAGGUUGGAUCCAUGCGGUGCUGACGCCCGUGGACUGCCUUGCCUUUGGAGGGAACUUCCUACAUAGCCUCAACAUCGAGAUGCAGCUCAAGGCCUAUGACAUCGAGAAGAGACUGAGCACAGCUGACCUCUUCAAGUUCCCCAAUUUUGAGACCAUCUGUUGGUACGUGGGAAAGCACAUCCUGGACAUCUUCCGAGGGUUACGAGAGAACAGGAGACACCCUGCUUCCUAUCUGGUCCACGGAGCCAAAGCCUUGAAUUUGGCCUUCAGGUCUUGGACUAAGAAAGAGGCUUUGCCAGAGCACGAAGCCGAGAUCCCCGAGACCGUGCGGACGGUCCAGCUUAUCAAAGAUCUGGCCAAAGAGAUCCGCCUGGUAGAGGAUAUCUUCCACCAGAAUAUUGGAAAGACUGGCACCCCCUUUGGCCUCCAGAGGACUGGUAGCGGCAAUGCAGCCAAGUCGGGUCCUGGAGCUCCAGCCUCUGCUGCCAGGUUUUACCCAGCCUCUAAAACCAGCUCCAAAAAGAGAAGCUCCCGGGUCAAGGUGGUGACCGGGAAGAAGGCAGAGCGCAAGGGGAGAGAGAAUGUGGCCACAGUGGAUUCUGGUAACCUGGACCUCAAUGUGCUGGACAAAUAUACGCGGCAGGCCCUGAAGACAAGUGGCCCUCCCAAGGGCCAGUUUCUGGUUGCGAACCCCUGCCUGACUCCCCAAGAAGAAGAGCUAAACCUGGACGCAGAUCCAGAUCUAGACUUAGACUUAGAACCUGACAUCGAAGAGAGCCAAGUUACAGCCAUAUUGGCCAAUGGAAAAGCAGCAAGUGACAAGAAAGCGAAGGUCUCGGCCCGUUCCCGCAAUUCCAAGAGUUCGUCACGACGGGCAACCAAGACCAAGAUGCUGAUCAAGGGAGAGUUUGACCUGGACUCGGAAGAAGACCUGCAGAUCGAUGAGACACCUCGGAAGGAGAAGAAGGUCCUGGUAGCCAGAAAGAAGUUACCCAAAUUCCCCCGGAAGUUGCCUCGCGCCAAGCCCUGCUCUGACCCCAACAGAAUCCGGGAACCAGGGGAGGUAGAGUUUGACAUUGAGGAGGAUUAUACGACAGAUGAGGACCUGGCAGAAGGAGUAGAAGCUCACCUUGGGCCCGGCGCUGGAACGGCAGGGAUUCUAGAUCUACUCAAGGCCAGCAGGCAGGUGGGGGGACCAGUCUCUGCAGCCCUCGACGAGGCCCCCGCGUCUCCCAGCACCCAGGAAGCCAUCCAGGGGAUGCUCUGCAUGGCAAACCUCCGGUCCUCCUCAAGCUCCCCCUCAGCCUCUACCCUUCAGGCCUGGUGGGCCGCAGGGCACGAAGGUGGCGGCGGCGGUGCCGGCAGCGGUGCCGGCAGCGGUGCCGGCAGCGGUGCCGGCAGCAGUGGCAUCUCUGCUCGUGGGAAGACCAAUGGCUCCAGUGUCACAACCGGCCAGCGGGCCCCUGGCAAGCGUACUGGGAAGCAGAUGGUCAUCCAACAGAAGGUGGAAAGCGAGGAAGAAGAGGAAGAGGAAGCCGAGGCCAGUCUAGAUGAUGAACAGGAAAGCCUGGGGGCUUGCUUCAAGGAUGCUGAGUACAUCUACCCAUCACUUGAGUCAGACGACGACGACCCUGCUUUGAAAUCACGCCCUAGGAAGAGGAAGAGCACAGAUGAUGCUCCUUGGAGCCCUAAAGCCCGUGUGACCCCAACCCUUCCAAAGCAGGCCCGGCCUGUUCGAGAGGGGACACGUGUAGCAUCUAUUGAGACAGGGUUAGCUGCAGCAGCCGCAAAGCUGGCUCAGCAGGAGCAGCAAAGAGCCCAGAAGAGGAAAUAUUUGAAGAAGAAACCAGUGGUAAAGGAAGUGGAACAGUCACCAUCUCAGGAUAGCAGCCCUGCCACAGCUGCUCCCGUGCCAGUGUCCCCACCUGUAGUUGUACCACUCAGCCCCCCGCCACCUACUGAGCCUAAGCAGGAACCCUUUGCUGGCAGCCUGGCUGAUCACGAGUAUACUGCCCGGCCCAGUGUUUUUGGCAUGGCCCAGGUGAACCGAGGCACCACACCCAUGGCGCCCGGAGUUUUCCUGUCUCAGCGGCGGCCCUCAACCAGCUCCCAGGGUAGUCAGGCAAUACAGGGAAAGCGGCCUAAGAAGGGCCUGGCCACAGCCAAGCAGCGACUUGGCCGCAUCUUGAAGAUCCACAGAAACGGCAAACUCCUGUUGUGAGCCGCCCCCUUUUGGGGGGCUCUGCUUCAGUCUCCUGUUUCUUGGAGGCUUUGGUUUUCCUUUGCAGACACUCCUGAUGCCAGGCUUCUCUUUACUUUGGAACCCUCUCGUUCAGCCUUGGGGACGGCCAGCUCUGUGGCGGAGGGAGGAAAGAAGUCUGGCCUUCCGUUCACUGGCUUCCCUUGCGGUUCCUUUUUGCCUGUUCCUGGCCAUUUUUUCUGUUUGCCGCCCUCUUUGUAAACAGAGAAACUGGAGGAAUCUAGUUUGACUUCUGAGGGGGGCCUUCCUUCAGUUUCUCCCAUUUCAGUUAGGGCCCAAGAACAUGGGGACUGGGUGCUCCUUCAAUAACCUUUGCUGCCCUUCCCCCCCCAAUUUGGGCCCAUUUGCCUCGUUUGGAGCAGGAGACCUGCUCUGGGCUCACUGUGCCACUCCUUGUGGCCUGUCUAGAAGCCAUGUGUGAGCAGCCAACUUCCCUGGGCUGCUCUGCCUUCCCGACCUGCUCCUCCUCGUUCAGGGUCGGUCCUGUGACACUGGACGCUGAAGAGGCUGCUUUCUUAUCACCUCAGACCUGGAAGAGCCCACAAGCAAAGUAUCUCCCCCCUGCUCCUGCUUUGGCUCCUUCAGCUCCAAUUAGGUUGGGUUGUGGGGGGGGAGGGGGCGCCUGCACACGCUCCCUCUGAGCAACCGGCCAGGGUCGGAAAGUGCCGUCUAUGGUUCGGCCCGUCCCAGCUGCUCGCUCUGCGUGACCGGGAUCGCCCCGGUGACUCAGGGACCUGGGGGGCAUCUCCCCACUGGGAUACUGCAAGCGGAAGGGCCGCUCGCUUAAAGCCUGAGCCAGCAGCUGGGGCUCCUCCCCAAGUUCUCCAGCCCCUUUUCCAAACCUCCCUCCUUUACUCAUUUCCUUCAUCCUGAACUCUUUGCCACUCGGGCGGAGCAGGAGGCGGCAGGGCCUGUGGUGGGACAUUGGCUCCCGCUUCGGCCCUGCCCGCUGCUCCGCCUCCUCAGACCUCAUCCUUAGUCCCGCUUGCCGGGGCCUGGCACACAGGCAAAGGCAGCUAAUCGCUACCAGACGACCCCCCGGUUUGGGGCAUCCCAGCCCAGCUCCACCCAGGAUGCUCUCAUUUCACGUUUUUAAUUUCUGAGGUUCGGGCCCGGUUUUGCUUUUUGGUUGUUGUCGAUGACGAACGAUGGUGAAGGGAAAAGGCCCGUCCCCCCUCCCUCCAAGCGGUCUUACAGAGAGCCAAGUGGGGUUGCCCGUUUUUCUUUUUCAGACUCUGGACUUUUCAGGUUGUAAGUUGGGGGGAGGGGGGGUUUACAGCCCAAGGGAGGGAGCCCGGUCUCGGCCUCUCUCCCUCUUUAGCCAAAGAGCCAGCCGGAGGCUGGGCUGGGGGCCCAGAAGAAAGCAUUUCUAUUCAUCUGGAUUCUAUUUUUACAAAAGAGAAGACACGCUCGAGCCACCACCACCACGCUUCUGUACAUGUUGAAAUCUAUUUUUAGAAGGGGAGGAUUGUGUAUUUGGGACACAAAGCCAGACUCUGGUGGCGGUGGCAGUUCCUUUCAGUUGGAGGCCCCCUCCCCCAUUUGGUGUUAUUACUGAUGUAAUUUAUAUUUUUUAUUUAGAUCCGUCCUUUCCUAGAGAGAUAAAACUUGUUAUAUCUUGGCACUGA